CGUUAGUCUUGUUAUUCUUAAAUGUCGAGUAAAUUAGUUACAUUGACCUGUAACUAUCACUUAUUUUUCUGCACAAUUUUAACUAAAUUAUUCAAAUUCCACUUCUGGAGUUUAUUCAGUUAAAUGAGUGAAAGCAAACAGAGUGACUUAUUGAAAGGUGGUCAUGCACCGGCCGAAAAAAUCGCUGGUGGUGUAAGGAGAACUCGGAAAACGCGACUUACUUCGGAAUCCGAGAGAAAUCAGGCGAAGAAAUUGGAAGAACAGGAUGCAUCACAAGAAGGUUUCGGUGAAGAAAUGGAAGAGCAGUCGAAGAAUGUGCUCGCACACAGUGGUCUGGUUGCAAAGACAAAUAAGGAUUAUCCAGAAGAGGCAGUUCGCGCUUAUCAUGAUAAGCAGGUACCACAGCUCCACAAGCCAACAAAACCGAAUGUAACUCUAUUCCAACCUACCAAACAAUAAGAAAAUUGUACCAGUAUCCAUUCAAGAACCCUAUAAUUUACUUUUCUAACACUGUCUGAUUUUCACUACACCACAUUCCAUGUUGAAAGAAACAUAAGGGGCUUUUUUGUGUGAAAAAAAAUGAAAGUGGGAGUGAAGAACUGCUUUAAGAUAUUGUAUUGAACUAAUACAGGGAGUGCAGGAAUUUAUUACAAGG